UGUCCAGCCCAUGAGGUGAGUUUCUUAAUGUUUUUGCAAACUGUUUUUCUUUACUGACAAAGUAACCUACAAGGUAUUGAUUACUUCAGCAUGCUGAUUUGUUUCUUUUGUCACCACGAGGCUUGUGCCUUGCUUUAAAGCUGCUGAUUCUAAAGUGUGCUUAGAGACAAACUUGCUGCAUUUUCUGAGAGAGGAACACCAAGAAACUUUUACAUCAAGAUCCUCAAGAUAUCAGAUGUGUCCGAUCAACUCCUGUCAAGUGCAAGAAACAUGAGAAAUGGUACUGAAGACGCUUUGUGAUUCUUCACUGGAGGGAUCAAAGCUAUGAUCACCUUUACUUUUGGACAUGCUGACAUGAACUGGCCUCUGGCGGUGUUGUCCUCACAUAACAGAGGUUGGUAGUUGGACUUGGGCUAAAAGUUUCAUACAUUAUUAGACAGCACUGACUGCUUGAGACGGACUGGGGGUGCAGCCAUGUCAAACUCCCAAGAGCAGAGCCUGGAUGAGGAUGUAGUGUUCAUGCCGGUGACUGAGUCCAGUCCAGCGUUCCUGCACUGUGAGAAGGAGCGUCACGCCAUGGAAACACUCAUAAGUGCAGGUCCAGCCGCUUUCUACAGCUGUCUGACUGCGGAUCAUUUGAGCUGUUUCCUGUCUCCUGAGGAGGUUCGUCAGAUAGUUGCCUGGGCACAGGAGCAUCAUGGUAGCCAGCUGCAGGUGAGAGGGGAGGAGAAUGGAGAGGACAACGGCCCAGAGAGGGAAGAGGACCUCUCUGACACCUACUUCCCAACUCAGUCGGACACCCCUGCCCCGUGCCUGGAGCUUGGCUGGCCUGAGAAAAACUUCUGGAUGGGACAGGAUUGCAUCACAGUCCACACAACUCCCCCUGUUGAGGGACAACCUCACAUCAGAGAAAUCAUCCGACGGCACUUGCAACGGGCCAGUCAGGUGAUUGCCAUAGUGACAGAUAGAUUGACAGAUAGUGCUGUAAUUGGUGAUUUGCACUACGCCGCCUCACAUGGCAUCCCCGUUUACAUCAUCCUGAACCAGAGGUCCUUUCAGGAGAACUUCACACCCAACAGGCUCAAGCAUCCGAACAUGCAGGUCCGCGUUCUCGGGGGGAAAACCUUCUGCACGAAGACGGGAAGAACGGUGGUAGGUGAAAUGAAAGACAGCUUCAUUCUAGUGGAUUCGGAGACAGUGAUUCAUGGCAGCUACAGCCUCACGUGGACAGACGCCCACCUGCACCGGCAGCUGAUCACUGUCAUGAGCGGCCCCAUCGUUGAAUUAUUUGAUCAGGAGUUCAGGAUCCUUUUUGCUGCUUCAUUCCCCAUUCCAGACACGUGUAAGGUUGCCAGCGUCCCAGUGGAUGUACCCCAUCAGCAGCUGCUCAAGAAGCUGCCAGACCGCCGUUUGCCAAACCACCUCCCCUUGGAGCCCAUGACCAGCUCCCCUCCAGCGCCUGAUUCUCCGCUGGACUGGGAAUCCCUGGGGGUCGUCCAGAGAGACCUGGACCUGCCUGACCGUCCUGUCAAUCACCACGAGGAGUUUGUGUCUGUAGAGAGGCCACUCCAGAGCAAAAUGCAGCUGACAAAAAUGCCACCCAUUAUGGACGAAUUUGCUCACAAUAAAAAUCGAUUUCUGGAUAAGGGAAGGGUUUGGGAAAACACCACCGCAGCGACAAACAACCUGCAAAAUAAAUCAACUAGUUUCAACAACAUCCCGGCCUCCCCGAAAGAAAGCUUCGAUCAAAGCUUCACAUCACCUAAGGCAGAAAUACAACAAAGGGUGGAAAACAAACUAGAGCGUGCCUAUCACAGACAGCUCUCCAAAGAGAGGGACACUAAUUCAGACGACAGAAUGGCAAUGACACCUGGUGAUAAAAGAAGGGAACAAAACUCAAGGCACAAUAUGGUGACCUUUAACUCCAGCCCAAGAAGAGAGCGUUCAAGGACGGAGAAUAGUAUUGAGGAGGAGAUAAACAUGGAAGAAACCAGACCCGGAGUAGAAAGCACACCUUUUUCUAGAAAACCUUUAAUCCUGCGAGUGCCCCAGCUAGAGAGCUUCAGCUCCCUGAGCGACAUCAUCAAGAGGUUAAAGACGAAGCAGAGCUCACCAGCACAGCCAAGCACAAAGACUGCAAUGUCGGAGAUGAGCAGGUCCAUGAUAGAUCUGAGUGUGCAAAACACAAGUUCUUAUCAAGACGAGGGGGGAGUCCGGGUGCCCAGGCUGCAGGCCAGUUGCUUUGACCCUGGCCACGUGACGCCUGCUCUUGCCCUGAUGAGGAAGAGGAAUGAUGAAAUUAAAUCUCUGUUCUACAGAUCACCAAAAAACUUUGUGCCCAGCCCCAGGUCCCGCAGCUCCAGUUUGGGAUUGCAGAUGGACUGGACGAGGCCUUUGACAGACAGGGAGGACUCACUUAACGAACUGAAAUGAGGAGCAAAGAGGAGAUACAAGAGCAAUAUCCUCUGUCCUGCUGGGGAAAGGCAGCUGCCAGUAAUGCCAACUAGAGGGACAAGUUUUGACUUCUGCAGUGUUAAUAAUUACCACAGCAAAGUGAAGCAGGCUGUGACCCUUAAAGCAUAAUCAGGCCAGUGUUGCUGGCAUGCAGGAUUUAUGUUAGUUUCAUCACCGUCUUAUUGUAUACUAUGUGGAU